CAAUCAUUGGGACUGGUGGGUUUUAGGAUAAAGCAAGUAACCACAUUCCCCUAUCCUUUGCCUCCCAAUUUCAACACAGAGAUGAGUUCUUCAAUUUGCACACCCAAUUCUCUCCUUUCUUACACCCAAUUGAAAUCCAUUCCCGAUUCUCUUCACUCUCAGCCUCUAAAACGUUCUUCUUCUCUCAUUACCAGAGCUUCUCUUUCCACCCCUAAAGAAACAGUCUUGAAAUCUUUCAAUGAAAGAAGAGCUCUCAAGAUCAUUUCAGGCUUGCAGAAUUUCAACAAAGAUAAUGUUGCUUCUGUUGUCACUGCUGCUGAUAAGGGAGGAGCAACUCAUGUGGAUAUAGCUUGUGACCCGGAGUUGGUCAAACUAGUCACCAGUUUGACCCGUCUCCCAGUUUGUGUGUCAUCCGUUGAUCCAUCUGCAUUUCUUGCUGCUGUAGAAGCCGGAGCUUCAAUGGUCGAGAUUGGGAACUAUGAUUCAUUUUAUGAUGCGGGCAUUGUUUUUUCACCCGAACAGAUAUUGAACUUAACAGUUGAGACACGAAGAAUUCUUCCAUUGGUGACAUUAUCCGUGACCGUGCCUCACACAUUAAGCCUCCCUGAUCAAACGAAGCUGGCGGAGCUUUUGGAACAAGAAGGUGCCGACAUCAUUCAGACCGAAGGAGGAAAAUGCUCCAACCCAUCAAAGCCCGGUGUUCUUGGUUUAAUUGAAAAGGCGAGCCCAACAUUGGCAGCAGCGUAUUCGAUUUCACGGGCUGUUAAGAUUCCCGUGAUGUGUGCCUCGGGAUUAAGUGCAGUUACAGCACCAAUGGCCAUCACAGCAGGGGCCGCAGGAGUUGGUGUCGGGUCAGCGAUUAACAAGCUAAAUGAUGUGGUUGCGAUGAUUGCGGAAGUCAGGUCGAUUGCUGAUUCGCUAGGGUUGGCGGUGACCAAUGGAAGUGAAUUAGAAAACAGAGGUUUGAGAGUGUAGACAGUUGGUUAGUUUGGUUUGGUUUGGUUUGGAAUAAAUAGGAUGUGUUGUUUGACUUUUGACUUUCAAGAGUCAAAUAUGUAAAAGAACCAUGAAGCCUUUAGCUUCUUGCUCAUAUGAAGUUAAUGCAUAACGAAUUCGAUUAGAACCUUCAAAA